AUGCAGAAAUACAUGGACCGCUGGACCGUGGGUAUCGAUUUUGGGGCGACGAAAACCGUCCUAACGUACAAAGCACCGGGGGAAGAGGAUAUAAUUGAUUGGAAUCACCCGAGCCACCCCUCCAUCAUCCCCAUCCCCUCGUCAAUUGCCUACGGGGACAACGGUGCUCAAGCCUGGGGGCACGACAUCGGGACGGAUAUGCCGGCGCACAGGUUCACCAAACUCCUCCUUGACGACCUUCGCGCCUUUGACCCGGCGGAUCAGCGUAGGAUCAAGGCUAUGGUGGGUGCCAGAUCUUUGGAUCUCCCCCCCGGCACGAAUUGCACCAUCGUGGUGGGACACUAUCUCCGCCAGCUGCGACAGACCUUUGAGGAAGCGAUGAGAGUUCAAUGGCAUCUCCCGUGCCUCCCUCCAUUUGACUGGUGGUUCACGCUGCCGGUUAACUGGAGCUUUGAGGCCGAAAUAAAUAUGCGCACUGCAGUAGAAGCCGCUGGCUUCUAUGAACGGCCGGUCGAUACGGUGCACUUCCUGUCGGAGGCGGAGGCGGCCAUGGCCUUCGUGGCCUCCCACCAGCCCGGUAUCCAACAGGUGGGCGAAACAGUGAUGGUAUCUGACAACGGAGGACAUCGGCACCUUUCUUGGUUGAUGGGGGUGGGCCCCCUGGCCGUCCGCCAGCUCACGAUGGUAACCGGGAUCAUGGGCGGCGGCAUCGCAAUAGACCUCAAUCUCUAUGAUUAUCUUGUCAAAAAUAUUAGAAUGCCUAUUCCCCGAGUUGAUACAGUUAUACGCGCUAAGAAGCAGUUCAUUGAUCCCGAGAUGCCCAUCUUUGUGGGCAACGCCAUUAAUCGCAUUGUCGAGAUCAUUGUGCAGUCUAUCACGGCCCAGCUUAUACAGGUUGGCGAGCGGAAGCUGCCGCCAAUAUGCAUUCUGGUCCUUGUGGGCGGCCUCAGCCGGAGUUGCUAUAUUCGAGACAGAAUCACCCAGCACAUCCAGCAGCUCGACCACGAGAUUGAGACGAUUGUGGGAAAAGACCCAAUCCUAGCGGUCGGGCGCGGGGCAACGCUCCGGGGUGUGGCAGGCAUCACCCCUCAGGUGUACGAUAGCCUGCACCACUACGCCCUGGCUGUCCCCACACGAGGGGCGGACAACGACCAGGCGUACGCCUCGUCCCGCCAUCCCGUCAUCACCCCGGGGAGGAGGUACGUUAGCGGGCAGAGAGGGAGCUUCGUCGCCGAAAUGCGCUUCGAUGAAAGGGAUGUAGUGAGACUGGGGGUCCUCAGAUGGACCGACGAGCCAGGCGCGGGCUGGAUAGCCGAGUUCACAUGUGACCUGUCGGAGAUCAACCUCAGCUACCUCAACUGUUCCCGUACGAGGGGUGUGACGAUCUAUCGCCUCGACAUCCAGGUGCAGUGGGAGAUCGUGGUGACCAUUCGGCGGGCCUUGCGGUGGGUCGUGAGGGCCCAUGGGAUAGAAGUGGCGCGUAAGAUACAUCCUAUCGAGGGCUUACGCCCUGUGCAAGAUUGAGGGGGGAGUGGUUGUUGUGGGUCAGGUCGGUAUAUACCAGAUAGAUUGUUAUAUAUUUCGGUUACGCUUCCUUCAUUCCAUCCCGCGCUUUGUAGACCCCGUGUAUCCCUCGUAGUGGCCUGACAACCUCCAUCCGCCGGACGCAGUGGGUCCCUGGUCGCGGAAGACACGCAGUCCAAAGGUCUGGUCGGGGAAGGAGGCCAUCUCCCUCGAACAUGGGUCCCAGUGGUAGGGGCAGGAAUCAAGAUAGUUG